UUUUUUGUUUUUAUUGAUCUUUGAAAGAGAGAAGUAAAAAAGAAAUUUAAUAGAUUUUAUAUGAAUAAAAAAACAAGAGAAUAUUUAGUUUUAUAAAGGAAAACAAUCGCCUCCUUUCAUAUUGGCUAUGGUUCUUGAUGGCUCAAACACAAAUGCGCUAAAAAGCAGUUUUUACCUCUUCGGUUCAUUCCACAACCUCCAAAGUCUCCGACUUCAUCCUCCUUUCUCUCUCUAGAAACCGUUUCUCUCUCAUUUUAUCUUCAAACUUCAAUCCCUACCAAAUCCAAAAGCGUCGCCUAAUAAUUAAACUAAUCUAAAGCUAAAGCACGAACCUAAAAUCAUGUUCACUUACAUAUAUGUAUAAACGCACUACUAAGUUAUCAUCCAUCCUCUCAAAUUUCUCAUCAGAAAAAAGGAAUUUUCUCAUGGCAUUCUCUUGUUUCUGAGAGAAUCAAUCAUAUAUCGGUACUUGUGAUCGUCAUGGAUCAAAUGUAUGGCUUCCACUCGACAUCCGAUUACACAAUUCCACCGGAAAACAACCUGAUUCUUCCGUCGGAGCACCACGGAUUUCAUCCACCCGUCUAUCACAGCUGGCCGUUUUACGGAUCCGAUGAGUUGCUAUCUGCUGCUGCCUCAGUCGUAACGGAUGCGGUUUCGAUUGAUACUACUCAUCAGAUUAUUCUUCCAAAACGUCGAACCAAUCGACAACAUGAUCUUCAAGCAAAAAAUAACGGAGAUAACGAUGAUGAUGAUGAUACUUCUCGCGAUACAAUCAAGCACAAAAUCGCGUCUCAUCCUUCCUACUCCAAGUUGCUCGAUGCUUAUAUUGAUUGCCACAAGGUAGGAGCGCCACCGGAAAUCGCGUGUUUGUUGGAUGAUAUCCGUCUCGAAAAUGGCGCUCGUAAACGAAACGCAACCGCUUCCACUUGCUUAGGAGUCGAUCCUGAGCUCGACGAAUUCAUGGAAACCUACUGCCAUCUACUAGUGAAGUAUCAAUCCGAUCUCGCAAGGCCUUUUGAUGAAGCUACAGUUUUCAUCCGCAAUAUCAAAACGCAACUCCGCAAUCUCUGCACAGAUGUUUGUACAUUUUCAUCUGAAGAAGAUUUAAGCGGAGAGACAGAUAGUACACUGAUAAGCCAGGAGCUGAAAGACACUCUCAUACGUAAAUUUGGAGGUCGUAUAAGUUCCCUCAAGCAAGAGUUUAAUAAGAAGAAAAAGAAAGGAAAGCUUCCAAAUGAGGCAAGACAAACAUUACUUGAUUGGUGGAAUUCACAUAUUAAAUGGCCUUACCCUACAGAAGGUGAUAAGAUAUCCUUGGCGGAAACAACAGGAUUAGAUCCGAAGCAAAUCAACAACUGGUUUAUAAAUCAAAGGAAGCGGCAUUGGAAACCAUCGGAAAGCAUGCAGUUGGCUGCAAUGGGUGGUCUUGCUGGGCAGUAUACUUAAUUAUGACCGAUUGAAAUAGGUUUCUUAAUUGCAUGCUCUCAUGCAUGUAUAUAUAUUAUUAACUAAACAAACUUGUAUUUAAAAACAUCAAUAAUUUAAUUAUUACGAUACAAAAUAUUGUCUAAAUUUCUGAAAUACGUAAUUAAUUGUCAUAUACAUGUUUGGAUGCUGA